GCGUUCAAGCAAGGAACUCUUCCCUGACCGAGAGUGGUCCGCGGGUCGUUCUUCGACGUAUCCUGGUGAACGGCGAUUUAAUAGUGACACUACCGGACAGAGAUUAACCGUAGCCAGGAAAAAGGGAAAAAAGAAAUAGAAAAGCAAAUCGAAAGAAAACAAGAUUUUACAACCCCGCAGAGACUCAGCGCUGUACACAAGAUUCUCAGAUAAGCCAGGUGGUGGCAAUCCUUGAAACUUUUCGUUCAAGGGGAGGAAAAGGUGGUUUGCCUAUCUUGAAGUGUGUCGAUUGCAAGAGAUUCGUCGGGCAUGAAGUUAACACCGUGGAGUUUUGUGUCGUGCAUCUUGGUGUCUAUCUUGUUCCUGGCGGUUAUUACGUCCGGAUACCCUGCCAGCAACCCGGAAAUAUUGUACAACUUGCAGGCGAUCGAGAACAUGCGACAGAUCCCGCAAUGGCAUUGUCUACGCUACAGGAAGUUCGAUCUGGUGCGCCGCUGUCGGAACUACCGUUUAGGGAGGAAACACUGACAAAUACAAAACCGCCGAUACCCCGGGCCAACGACCAGCAAUAAAUCCUUUUACUCGAAGCUCCAUCGACCAGCCGUAUUGAACGUUCUAUUGCACAUGUUCAAGUUCAUUUGAAAUGUCGGAAAUACAGGCAAACCAAUCGGAACACUAUUAUAAUGUAAUCUGUGCGUAGUUGAUACAAGAAGCAAUGUCAAUCGCGUAGAAUUUUUGACUCUUCAUGGUUUCAUCACUUACU